UCGGCUUACUCCUCAUAAGUCAUGACUACAGUCUACAGUCUAUUAUCAUUAAUAUUUAAUAAUAUUAAUAUAUUUAUUACUAUUACUAUUAUCAAUGUUUGUCGUUCGAUACUCGGUAUCGGUAAGGACUCCUCUACUUCUCUUCUCUCGAUGACCGAUCAUCAUGUGACUCAAAUAGUCAAAUCAGUCUAUCAGCUAUCUGUACAACGAAGAUAAUAGAAACAAUAUUAGAAUUUAAUUUCAAUUUAUAUUAGUUAUUAUUAUUAUUAUUUGGUUAAUAAUUAAUAUACAAUAUAUUACAUAUCAGUUAAUACUUAAACGUCUCUAACCGUCUUUGAAUGAAAAAUUUUAAUUACUUUUCAGUUUUCCCCAACCAGGUUUAAUGUUUCAGUUCUUGGUUCAGUGAAUGUUAUAUGAAAGGCGAUUAUGACGACAAAAAGUGUGCCAAAAAAUUUGAUGAGUAUCAAAAGUGCCUUAAAGAAGGUAUGCAAAUACACUCUUUGGAUAUGGAAGAUGUAUUAAAACCUUACCUGGGAACAGAACGCAUGAAGAAUUUGGCGCAAUACAAGAGAUCAACCUUUACCACAGACAAUAACAGAACACAGUACCCCAUCUCACCUUAAACUAAAGUCGUUGGAGGGUC